AUGCGGUUUGCUGCAGCAGCAGCAGCAGCAGCAGCAGCAGCAGCAGUUGCUGCUGCUGCUGCUGCUGCCGCGUCUUCUAUAGUAGUUAUCUAUAAAGCAGCAGCAGCAGCAACAGCAGCAGCAGCAGCAGCAGCAGCAGCAGCAGCAAUCUUCUUGCUGGUCCAGCAGCGGGAGGGGCCCCCGGGGGCCCCCGGGGCCCCCAUGACUUUUAGGAGAAGCACAACAGCAGCAACAGCAGCAGCAGCAGCAGCAACCGCAGCAGCUGCUGCUGGAAAGGCACAGCCAGCAAGAGCAGCAGCCGCCGGGCAUCCGGCAGCAGCAGCAGCAGCGGCAGCAGCAGCAACCACAGCAACAGCAGCAGAACAGUACCAACGGAUUGCAGACAGAACGCUUAGCAACAGCAGCAGCAGCAACAUAAGAAGCAUCAGCAGCAGCAGCAGCAGCAGCAGCAAAAGAAGUAUUGAGGCUCUGCAGCUGCAGCAGCAAGUGGAGCAGCUGAGAGAUUUGCCUGCUGCUGCUGUGCUUCCGUUCCUGCAGCAGCAGCUGCAGCAGCGGCGUCCUUCGUUGGCUGUGCUGCUGCAGCUGCCGCUGCUGCUGCUGCGUGCUGCUGAUAGCCUUCAUGCUGAGCAGCUUGCUGCUGCUGCUGCUGUUGUGUCUGCGCUUUGCUGCAGCAGGCGCUCGGCCUUUCUCCACUGUCUACAGGAACUCGAGCAGCAGCAGCAGCAGCAGCAGCAGCAGCAACAGCAGCAGCAGCAGCAGCAGCAGCAGCGAGAACAGAAGGCGCGGCUUAGAGCUCUGAAGCAGCAGAUAUGUUUGCUGCAGCAGCAGCAGCAGCAACUGCAGCACGCCGAGCAGCAGCUAGCCCGAGUCGUCUGCAGCGCCGCAUUGAAGCUGCGUGAGGAGCAGCAGCAGCAGCAGCAGCAGCAGCAUGAACAGCAGCAGCAGCAGCAGCAGCAGCAGCUAGUGCAGGUGCUGCAGCAGCUCCAUCGGCGAGCAUCAGCAGUUUGCUGCUGCCUAGAUACUCUGCUGCGGCUUCCUGCUGCUGCUGCAGAUACUCCUGCUGCAGCACAAAGCGUUGCUGCUGCUGCAGCAGCAACUCUGCGGCAGUUUGCUGCUGCUGGGACUUAUAACAUCGAAGGCAUAGCCACGGCUGCACAGCAGCAGCAGCAGCAGCAGCAGCAGCAGCAACUGCAGCAACAGCAGCAGCUGCUGCAGCAGCUUCCGCUUCUCCUAGGGAGAGUUGUUGAGCAGCAACAGCAGCAGCAGCAGCAGCAACAACAACAGCACCAUCAGCAGCAUCGGCAGCAGCAGCAGCAACAACAGCAGCGCAAGCAGCGGAGAUGCAGCACAACAGCAGCAACAGCAGCAGCAGCAGCAGCAACCGCAGCAGCUGCUGCUGCAAAGGCACAGCCAGCAAGAGCAGCAGUUGUCAGGCAUCCGGCAGCAGCAGCAGCAGCAGCAACCACAGCAGCAGCAACAGAACAGCACCAGCGGAUUGCAGACAGAACGCUUAGCAACAGCAGCAGCAGCAACAUAAGAAGCAUCGGCAGCAGCAGCAGCAGCAGCAGCAGCAGCAAAAAAAGUAUUGAGGCUCUGCAGCUGCAGCAGCAAGUGGAGCAGCUGCGAGAUUUGCCUGCUGCUGCUGUGCUUCCGUUCCUGCAGCAGCAGCUGCAGCAGCGGCGUCCUUCGUUGGCUGUGCUGCUGCAGCUGCCUCUGCUGCUGCUGCGUGCUGCUGAUAGCCUUCAUGCUGAGCAGCUUGCUGCUGCUGCUGCUGUUGUUUCUGCGCUUUGCUGCAGCAGGCGCUCGGCCUUUCUCCACUGUCUACAGGAACUCGAGCAGCAGCAGCAGCAGCAGCAGCCGCAGCAGCAACAGCAGCAGCAGCAGCAGCAGCGAGAACAGAAGGCGCGGCUUAGAGCUCUGAAGCAGCAGAUAUGUUUGCUGCAGCAGCAGCAGCAGCAACUGCAGCACGCCGAGCAGCAGCUAGCCCGACAACAGCAGCAGCUGCUGCAGCAGCUUCCGCUUCUCCUAGGGAGAGUUGUUGAGGUGUGUCUAUCGGGCCCUCUAGCUGAAGCUGCCAGCAGCAGCAGCAGCAGCAGCAGCAGCAACAGCCGCAGCAGCAGCAACAGCAGCAGCAGCAGCAGCAACAGCAACAGCAACAGCAGCAGCUGCAGCAGCAGCACUGCAGAAGAGAAAAGGCGGAUUGCUGCUUCUGCUGCUGAGGCAGCUGCAGCUCUUCUCUCGCUGCAGCACCGCUUCGUUGCUGCUGCUGCUGCUGCUGCUGAGCGACCCGCAACACUGCAGCAGCAGCAGCAACAGCAACAGCAACAGCAGCAGCACGAGCAGCAGCAGCAGCAGCAGCAGCAAGACUAUCGCAGCAGCACUGCAGAAGAGAAAAGGCGGAUUGCUGCUUCUGCUGCUGAGGCAGCUGCAGCACUUCUCUCGCUGCAGCACCGCUUCGUUGCUGCUGCUGCUGCUGCUGCUGCUGAGCGACCCGCAACACUGCAGCAGCAGCAGCAACAGCAACAGCAGCAGCAGCAGCACGAGCAACAGCAGCAGCAAGACUAUCGAUGGGCGGAGCAGCAGAGGGAUUCAGUAGAACAGAUGAGCAGUAACAACGGCAGCAACAGCAGCAGCAACAGCAGCAGCAACAGCAGCAGCAACAGCAGCAGCAACAGCAGCAGCAGCAGCAGCAGCAGCAGGGAUGUGUGGGGCCUGAAGGAGACAUAUCGGCUGGUGGCGUUUACCUUUAAGGAGGCAACAAAGACACAGGCUGACUUGUGGGGCCCCUUGAAGACUGUUUGCUGCAGCUUUGCUGCUCUACCUGCUGCUGCUGCUGCUUCUGCUGCUGCUGGAGAUGCUGCCUGCUGCAGCGACACCAUCAGUCUGUGGCUCGCUCUCGUUGCUGCUGCAACGCCAGCAGCAGCAGCAACAACAGCAGCAACAACAGCAACAACAACAGCAGCAGCAGCAGCAGCAGCAGCAGAUAUUGCUGCAACGAGCAGCAGCAGCAACAGCAGCAGCAGCAGCAGCAGCAGCGAUAGUGUUGAGGCGGUGGACGUCUCUCCCAGUACGAGAGGGCGCAGACGUCGCUCCGUUGCUGCCGCUGCUGCAGCAGCAGCAGCAGCAGGAACAGCAGCAGCAGCAGCAGCAGCAGCAGCGUUGCCGAGUCGGUUUGCUGCUGCUGCAUCUCGGGGAUUUGCUGCUGCUUUGUUUGCUUCAGAGCUGCUGCUGCUGCGCUCCCUACUCACCCAGCCAGCAGCAACACAGGCCGCACUGACACCCCAGCAGCAGCAGCAGCAGCAGCUGCUGCUGCUGCAGCAGGAGCAGCAGCAGCAACUGCAGUGCCAGCUGCAGCAACUGUCUACUCGAUCCUUGUCGCAGCUUCUGUGGGCAGCAGCUGAACUGCAGCAGGCAGCAGAAUUUUUCUCUUCUCCUGCAGCAACAGCAGCAGCAGCAGCAGCAGCAACAGCAGCAGCAGCAGCAGCAACAGCAGCAGCAGCAGGAAGGAACGAUGCCGCUGAGGAUAUCCGCGCGUUUGCUGCUGCUGCAGUUGUUGCAGCAAUGCCAGAGUGCUGGCGCUGCUCCCCCCGGGAUGUGCUGCGGAUGCUUCGCAGCGUGGAGCUGCUGCUGCUGCUGCUGCCGAAGCAGCAGCAGCAGCAGCAGCAGCAGCAGCAGCAGCAGCAGCAGCAGCAACAGCAGCAGCAGCAGCAACAGCAGCAGCAGCAGCAGCAGCAGAGGCAGAAACAGAAACGGCGACAGAAUGCUUUGACAGCGGAUACGAGCAGCAUGUCUACAGACAACAGCAGCAGCAGCAGCAACAGCAGCAGCAGCAGCAGCAGCAGCAAACUCGUGCUGCAGCCGCAGCUGCUCCUCUUCUUUGGCAGUCUGUUGAUGCGCUCCCUUCAGGCAGCAGCUCGCCGGGUGCAGCAGCGGCAGCAGCAGCAGAGCCGUCGUAGCAGCAGCAGCAGCAGCAGCAGCAGCAGCAUUGCUGCUGCUGAUGGUUUGAAUUUGUUAGGGAGGCCUGCUGCUGCUGUGCUGCUGCCGCUCGAAGCAGCAGAAGCGAAGGAACUGAUACGCAUAGCUGGCCGCCUGCAACUGGAGUCGCAGCUGCCUGCUGCGGUGCGGCACACUGCAGCAGCAGAAGCAAGAACGGCGCCAGCAGCAGCAGCAGCAGCAGCAGCAGCAGCAGCAGCAGCAGCAGAUGCAAAGGAAGCAACCGAGACGCUGCUCUCGUCAGCAGCAUCAUUUGAGCGCGAGCAGCAGCAGCAACAGCAGCAGCAGCAACAGCAGCAGCAGCAGCAACAGCAGCAACAGCAGCAGCAACCGCAGCAAAGUAAGGAUCUGUCUUAUACACCCCAAGGAGAGCCUGCUGACAGCAACCCCCCAGCUGCAGCAGCAACAACAGCAGCAGCAGCAGCAGCAGCAGCAGAGAGACAGCUGGCUGCUCUAGGGCAUCGGCUCUCUUGCCUUGAUGAAGCAGCAGCUACAGGCAGACAGUACAGCAGCAACAGCAGCAGCAGCAGCAGCAGCAGCAGCAGCAGCAGCAGCAGCAGCAGCAGCAGCAAGUCAAGACCUGUCUCCAGAAGCGGUGGGCGGCUAGAGGAUGAGCAGCAGCAGCAGCAGCAGCAGGAGCAGCAGCAGCAGGGGCGUUUGCUGCGUCCUGCUGCUGCUGCACCAACAGCAACAACAGCAACAGCAGCAGCAGCAGCAGCAGCAGCAGACUCUGCUCGUGUGCUGCGGCUGCUGUCAGCAGCCUUAAAGGACGAGCCUGGGGGGGAGCGCUACGGCGUAUGGACAGCAGCAGCAGAAGCAGCAGCAGCAGCAGCAGCAGCAACUGCAGCAGCAGCACCACCACCUCCACUACAAAACAACCAAAAAAACAUAACUCAAGCUUAUAAGAAGGACCGCCUGCUGCAGCAGCAGCAACAGCUGCAGCAGCAGCAGCAGCAACAGCUGCAGCAGCAGCAACAGCAGCAGCAGCAGCAACAGCAGCAGCAGCAACAACUGCAGCAGCAGCAGCAACAGCAUCUGCAAAAACAGCAGCAAGAGCAGCAGCAGCAGCUUCAGCGCAAGAAUCUGAAGACAGUGGUUGCUGCUAGGUGUGCAGCAGGCGCUGCUGCUGCUGGUGCUGCUGCUACUGCUGCUGUUGCUGCUGCUGUUGCUGCUAUUGCUGCAGCUGCAGCAUUGACUUUUUUGUCGCUUAUAAAGGACGCGGGAAGCUCUACUCACUCAGCUAGCUACAGCUAG